GAUUUCAAUGGCUCGUAUUGUUAAUGCAAAUGAAGAAAUACAAGUUAAGAAAAAGAGAAAGAGGAUAUCAAAUUUCAAGAUAGACGUUGAUAUUCUCCUACUGGUCUUCUCAAUCAUCGUGAAGGUACGCAAUAUCGCUUCACGUAUUCCACAGAUACAAUGUCAAGUUAGAAGAUCAACUACAAGACUUGGACAUGAAUACAUACAAAACGCAUUGGUUGAAGAUCCUGAACAUUUUCGACAUCUAUAUCGUAUGUAUCCGGAUGUGUUCUUGAAGUUAUGCUCUAUUAUAAGUGUAAAGAUGGGAUUAAAAGAUACAAGAUAUGUUUCAGUUGAAGAAAUGCUGGCCAUCUUUUUGUUCAUUGUUGGUCAAAAUUCAAGGUAUAUUCAGGCUCAAGAUAGAUUCAAGAGGUCACGAUUCUCAAUAAGUACGAGUUUUCAUACAAUUCUGAAAGUGUUAAAUGCACUUGCUCCGAGCUACAUGGCUAAACCUGAAACAACAGCACCCCCAAAGAUAAGAGAUUGCACACGAUUCUAUCCUUAUUUUAAGGAUUGUGUGGGAGCUAUUGAUGGAACACAUAUUCUUGCGAUGAUAAGUGGAAAGGAUUCAUCUAGCUACCGCAAUCGAAAAGGACAAGUAUCACAAAAUGUUUUAGCUGCAUGCAAUUUUGAUUUAGAAUUUAUAUAUGUUCUUAGUGGAUGGGAAGGUUCAGCUCAUGAUGCUAAAGUAUUACAAGAUGCUUUAACAAGAAAUUCUAACAGAUUACAAGUUCCAGAAGGAAAAUUCUAUUUGGUCCACUGUGGAUACGCCAAUCGUCGUAAUUUCCUAGCCCCAUUUCGAAGUACUCGCUAUCAUCUUCAAGAUUUUAGGGGACAAGGCAAAGAUCCUGUGAAUCAAAAUGAGUUGUUCAAUCAUCGUCAUUCAUCCUUGCGAAAUGUGAUUGAGAGAAUUUUUGGUAUCUUAAGUCAAGGUUCCUCAUCUUCAAAUCUGCUCCACCAUUUCCGUAUAAAACACAAGCAGAGUUAGUUCUUGCAUGUGUUGUUUUACAUAAUUAUCUUCGUAAAGAAUGUCGUUCAGACGUGUUUCCCGAAGAAAUUGCCGUCGUUAAUGGUAAUGAAAGUGACGCCCAAGAUAUAGGUGAAGAUGAGAACAUGGAUGAUGAUCUUCAAAAUGGCACUCAAGAACAACAAAGAGUGAAUGCUAAUAAUUGGAGAGCUAAUAUAGCAGCAGCCAUGUGGGCAGAUGCUAUGCAUAUGGGAUUUUGAUGCAGCAAUAGUUUACGUUGCUUUUAGAAGUUCUCUUUGCCACUCUGUUUUUAAAUUUAUCUUUCAUGAUUUUGUUUAUGAAUUUGGGUUUUUGAUAAACAAUUUUGAUCUAUUAUAUUUAUAUUUGCUUUUAUAAGUUCUUGAGCUUUCUUGAAUCUGGUCAACAGUGUGCUGUUAG